GCUCAGGUGGAGCUUCAGACAAGGACACGGGAGUGAGGAGCUUUUCCUUUUGUUUUUCCUUAAGGUUUGAAGGAAUCCGAACUGCGGUCCAUUUUUUUGAAAUCAGAAAACCAAACUUGUAUAAAAUAAUUUGUAUGCAAAGAUGCCUCCCCCCGGUGUGUGUUUGAACAUAAUCAAGGACCGGAACCAGGAGGGUGGGAUGGGCACUGUGACUGACCCUGUGAAAUUUCGUGGCCAAGACUUCUACUGGCUACGGGACCAGUGUCUGAAGAACAGACUGAGGUUUAUUGACGGCACAUUUCCCCCAGACAGAAGUAUCAUUGGCCCUAAACUGCUGUCACGUGAGGACAUGGCAAGAGUAAAAUGGAAAAGACCACAUAAAAUGGUAGCAUCUCCAUGCUUAUUUGUGGAUGGAGUUUCAAGAUUUGACAUCGUUCAAGGAUGUUUGGGUGACUGCUGGUUUCUGGCGUCUGUCGGAGCGUUAACAUUUCAACCGCAGAUGCUGCAAAAAGUGGUGCCGAAUGACCAAGGAUUUCAGAGAGAUUAUGCUGGGAUAUUUCACUUCAGGUUCUGGAGAUUUGGAGCGUGGGUGGAUGUCGUGAUCGACGAUAAGCUGCCAACAAUUGAUGGAAACUUAAUCUUUGUUCAUCCAACAACUAAAAAUGAGUUCUGGGCUGCCUUGCUAGAAAAGGCCUACGCCAAAGUGUGUGGGUCAUACUCAGACCUGAAAGCUGGGAAUGUGUCAGAAGCCAUGAUGGACUUCACUGGAGGGGUCCAUGUGAUGUAUAAGCUGAAGGAAGCACCCCCAAAUCUUUGGGAUCUCAUGAACAGGGCUGUGAAAUUUAAGUCCCUAAUGGGGUGUGGGACUGCUCAAGGGGCAACUCAUGAAAAUGUGGAAUUACCCAAUGGGAUAGUGCAGGGUCAUGCCUAUGCUAUCACUGGAGUUGCACAGGUCAUGAGCCAUGGAAGACCCGUGAAUCUGGUUCGAAUCUGGAAUCCAUGGGGUAGAGGAGAAUGGAAUGGAGAUUGGAGUGAUAGAUCUUCAUCGUGGAAUACAGUUACUGUAGAAGAUAGGAUGAGCUGCUUGCAGAUCUGUAAGGAUGGAGAAUUCUGGAUGUCUAUGAUGGAUUUUACAAUGAACUUUGAAGAUGUGGAUAUUUGCUGUCGCACUCCGGAGUUUCUUGACGAUUCUCCCAGUCAGUGGGGUUCCUCCUGUCACUCGGGCAAAUGGGUUGCUGGGACGACAGCAGGUGGAUACAUAAAGUUUAGAGAGACAUUCUGGAUGAAUCCGCAGUAUCAAGUCAGAGUGACAUCUGGAACCAAGGGCAGUGAUCAUCCUGGCUCCACCAACAUGGUGGUAUCUCUCCUGCAGAAACCAGACAAUGGGAGUCGGUCCCUUUCACCCAAUCAUUAUAUUGGUUUCACUUUGUUUGCGGUACCACCAGAGUUGCGGGAUGCCAAAGGGAAAUUUCCAGCAUCAUUCUUCAACAGCAGCAGCCCAAUAUCAGUAACGAAAGCUUUCAUGAAUGUUCGAGAAACUACCCAAGUCUUCUAUUUACCUCCCGGGGAGUAUGUUAUUGUGCCCUCGACGUUUAACCCAGAAGAAACGGCUUCCUUCCUCUUGAUGAUUUUCUCAAAGAUGCAGACCUCUGUUGGUGACAACUCAGCUGAGAACCACAUGACCAUCAACAAGAAAAUCUAUUCCAGCUAUGCCCCAACUGAGCACGAAUCUGUGUUUGCUCAAUACUCUGAUAAGCUCAAGGAAGUUGAUGCGGAACAACUACAGAAACUUCUGAAUGAGAAUGUGGUCACAGACAUGUCAUCAGGUGGCUUUGGUUUGGAAAUGUGCAGAAGUAUUGUAGCGAUGAUGGAUCUUUCAGUCACUGGAACACUGAAAAACGCAGAGUUCUCACGUUUGUGGAAACGUGUUCAGGCUUACAAGGACGUUUUCAUCAGGAAGGAUGUUUCUCGUACUGGAAAGUUGUCCUUGCAAGAACUGCGGAGUGCAAUUCAAGCCGCAGGCGUCACCGUGAGCGAUGACCUGCUGAACCUGGUGGCCUUGCGCCAUGGCAGCUCUUCCAGGGAAAUCACUAUGGAGAGCUUCAUCUUCCUCAUGCUGCGUCUGCACAGCUUGAACAAAAUAUUCAAGAACCUGUCAGAUGGGAAAGGCAUGUACCUCAAAGAAAAAGAGUGGCUGUAUCUCAACAUCUACUCCUGAGCAGUAUUUUAUAAAGCAGAUAGUGUGGAAAUUACAGUGAUAGCACUGUGAUAGCACCAUGCAUGUUUACACUAACUGAAUACAUAUAUUUAGACAGUAAAAAUACAUUUAGACAAUGAUAGACAGUAAUUAUUAUUAUUAUGUAAUAAAAUACAUUUUAAAAUAAAGAUUAUAUAAAGA